AUGGAAUUACAAUGCGGAGUAGGUCACCCUGCGGCUCAGUGCCUUGAAACGCUGGCCAUCCGACCCCGCUCCUCCACGCCGCCCCAAUACAGGUAUCCAAACGACGUCACUCUCGGCGGACGGAUGCUUAGAGAUCCUAAGCUAUACAUGGACUCCCGCGAAUAUCCUCUUCGUCGCCAGAGCGGGAUUGGCGGCGGUGCCUUGGCCAGUCACGGUCACAUCCACCAGCAUGAACCCUUGACGUCUUCGCUUGCGAUAUCGCAGCAUCCCAUGCCAUGUGGCCGAAGUCACCGGCUACCCUGGAUCGUCACAAAUGACGAAGACUCAGGAUGCUUUCCUAGCUCUCUAACUCCUCCCUGCGACGACGCUGCGACAUGUGAUUCCAUCGACCAGCCACCGGCUAGCUGCGAGCACGUCCAGGCGAACCACGAUCUCAUAUCCUCGGAAACAGAGACACCCGAGCCGCUGACGCCGUCUGAUGAAGAAAUUCCGCUAUUCGUGCCGUCUCAAACCCUUCAAGCAUACACAUAUUACUCCCACAACACCCAUUGUGCGCGUCCGUCCAUGAUCAAGCUGCCAUCCGAGGCGCUCAAGAGCUGGAACGAAACGCUGCAGAGGGAAUGGGACGUUGAGCUCAACUCCAUCCGUUCUGUUGUGGUCCGCAAAUGCGGCCGCAAGUCUCAAGGGGAGGCAAAAAUCGAGAAGCCGGAAUUGCGCCUGUCGGGCCGCGCCGCCACAGGGAGCAACGGGGUGAAUCUCUCGUUGGCCGUUUGGAUACUGUGCGGCAGUGGAUGGUGCCGGGACAAGGUCAAGAAGAAGCUUAAGAAGCUGUCGUUGUUUCAAAGCUGCAAUUGGCAGAUCGAAGUGCAAGAGGGCGCGUCCGUAUACGGCGCCAUCCAAGAUUCCGUGCCGCUGCAGAACCUCGACCUCGGGCACCCUAUCCGGCUGCGAGAAGACACGGAGCUGUACCUCCACGUCGAAACUCCUGAGGAUAACGAGUCGGCGUGCGGAAGACUUGUCUGCUCAACGAUCAUGACCCAGGGUGUUGUGGCUGAACAGCGUCUCUCGAGGCUCGGCGGCCGGAUUAAUAUCGUAGACCACGAACUCGUCGUCACGACCGCCCACGGUAUGCUGGAACACUUCAUGGCUCUACCCCCGUCGUCUUCAAGUACCUCGGAGUCGUCUGGAUCAUUUAAUAGCGACGAAUUUGAAGAGUCAGAUUCCGAGGACGAAGACUGCACGGAGGACAGUGGUGAUGGUCAACAGGAUGGCACCGAGACCUGCGAGCCUCACCGAGACAGACUUGGAUACAAGAACCCCGAGCAUAUAUCUUCUUGGACGCCAGUUAGGCUUGGGGGGCCGGUAAACUUCCUCGGGAUGGGGAGCGACGCUUUGGGCUCUGAUUCACGCGGAAGCUGGUCUCAUCUGGCUGUAGCAGACACCGACUUUGCACUCUUGGAGGUGCCGGAGCUGAAUACCGCGAAGAACAUAUACACCAUGCAUACUAACCAAGACUCUAGUCCAACGUGGGUGAGACACUUCCCGCAUAACGAAGGCAUGAUGUCUGGCCCGGUCAAGGUUUUGGUUGACCAUGACCAACCGGAGAACGGCUUCCUCCUCCCUCAGUCGUCGAGCAUUUCCGUACAAGGAGUCACUAUGGAAACCCAAAAGGUUGAGCUGAGAGAGCCGCUAGCUGUCGUAGCUAGGGGCACCUCAGGGUCCUGGGUUGUCCAAGGUGAAACGCUCUGCGGCAUGAUCAUCGCCAUUUACGACCACGAACCGUUCGUUCAGCUUAUCACAGCAGAAAAGCUGUACAUGGAUAUUCAGCGCUCGUAUAAACACAUCGUGGAUGUCAGCCUGCCCGUCAGAGAUGAUUGGUCUCGCCUCGGCGAGAAUCUCGAUCCAACAUCGGCUUCGGACUUGAGGGCCUAUACCGAGAACGCUGACCUUUUAACCGGCGAUUCAAGCUCAUGUCCUGAUCCGGAUACAAGAUCCGAGUCAGGCGAUGUCAGCGCUGGGACGAUCGCUGAGCCUGAACCUGACAAAGGCAUAGAGAGGCCGAACCGCGGAUAUGAGCCUCGAAAAUCCCCUGGAAAGCCUCUUCCUGCUCUCAGACCUGCGAAAUCAAAUGUCGACGGAAUGCAAGAUCAUGGAAAGGUAUUUGAAGGCAGAAGUGCGCUUGAGCUAGAGCUUGAGGCACGAAACUCCGAGAUCAAGAGGCUCUGCGAACUUAAAGACAAGAUCGUCAGGGAAUUUUAUAACUACAAGGCCCAGACCAAUGCAAAUAGCCAGGCUCUUAUUGCAGAGUCCGAGUCAAGGCGCAUAAUUGAUGAGACUAAAAUUGCCCUCUUCGAAACCUUGGAGAAGCAGAUUGCGGAGAUCUGGGGUAAGCUGGGUGCCUACGAAGUCUCACAGAAAGCCAACGUUACCGAGAUCGAGAAGCUCAAGCAGCAGCUCCAAGCUCAUGAUGCCAAAGCUGCUGUUGGUGGUCAGGCUAUGUCGUUUGUGAUGUUAUAUAUUUUCACACCCAUCGCACUCGCAGCCAGUGUACUUUCAAUGCAAGAAAAGGCCAUUCCUAAGCAUUUCGGACCUGAUGGAACAUCCUUCCUCAUCUUAACUACUAUAUUUGUUAUCUUGACAUGGUUAGCUCUCACGAUGCACCGGAAAUGGAUGCAAAUUGAGGAUGGUAUAAGAGGCAUGGUGAAGGCAGAAUUGUCCGAGAUGGAUCUCGAAAAUCAAGGAGAAUGA